GUGCUACCCGUAGCCGCGGACGUAGACCAUCCAAGUCCGUCAGCACAAGUAGAAGAGGCAGAGAUUCUUUUUUAUUUGCUUCUAAUUGUUUUCAUAAAUCUUUUUUGACAGAAGGCAACAACAACAACUCAUUGUGAACUGAAAAUGGUCAUCGCUCUACGAUCAACAAGUUCUCUCUUCAAAAAUAGCAGACUGUGUCUUAAAGGACAGUUUGUAUUUCGAAACCACCUUUCUCGUCCAUCUUCAACAUGCUCAGCAUCAGUAGCAGCAGCGGCCAUUGAGGCGCAACGGCAAAAGAGUUUGUUGGGAGGAGGAGAAAAAAGGCAAGAUGCUCAACAUGCGAAAGGCAAAUUGACAGCUCGAGAACGACUUCAUCUAUUACUUGACAAAGGAUCUUUUCGUGAAUAUGACGCUUUCAUAGAGCAUCGUUGUACAGAUUUUGAUAUGGAUCGACAUCAGUUUGUAGGUGACGGUGUCAUUACCGGCCAUGGGACAAUUUAUGGACGCCGUGUUUUUGUUUACAGCCAAGACUUUACAGUAUUAGGAGGAUCGUUGAGUCGAACCAACGCUAACAAAAUAUUAAAAGUGAUGGACCAAGCCAUGUUAGUGGGAGCACCUAUUAUUGGACUACAAGAUUCUGGAGGAGCUCGCAUUCAAGAGGGUAUAGAUUCUCUGGCAGGAUAUGGCGAUCUAUUUCGAAAAAAUGUGAUGGCAUCAGGUGUCGUCCCACAGAUCUCUGUCAUCAUGGGCCCCUGUGCAGGAGGAGCAGCGUAUUCACCCGCUUUGACGGAUUUCACUUUUAUGGUUCAGGAUACCUCUCAUAUGUUUGUGACAGGACCAGACGUAGUCAAAACGGUGAUGAAUGAACAAGUAACACAGGAAGAGUUGGGAGGAGCGAGAACACACACAAGAAAAUCCGGAGUAGCACAUCGAUCGUUUGCCAACGAUCUGGAAGCAUUGCAAGGAUUGAGAGAAUUUUUACCCUAUUUACCUUCAUCCAACAAACACUCUGUACCCCCGUUAAAAUGUCAAGAUCCUGUCGAUCGUCAAGAUGAUGCAUUAAAUACCAUUAUACCCCCCAAUCCCAGUAUGGCUUAUGAUAUGAAGGAGGUAUUAGAAAGGAUUAUGGAUACUCAUUCUUUCUAUGAAAUAUCACCCGAUUAUGCGAAAAAUAUCUUGACAGGCUUUGCAAGACUAAAUGGAAAUUCCGUAGGAGUGGUUGCUAAUCAACCACUCGUUUCGUCUGGGUCAUUGGAUAUAGAUGCAUCAACGAAAGCGGCACGUUUUGUGAGAUUCUGUGAUGCAUUUAAUUUGCCUCUCAUUACGUUGGUGGAUGUUCCUGGAUUUAUGCCAGGAACAGCACAAGAACAAGCGGGUAUCAUUCGUCACGGCGCCAAGUUGUUGUACGCUUUUUGUGAAGCAACUGUUCCAAAAUUAACCGUCAUAACACGAAAGGCUUAUGGAGGCGCAUAUAUUGUCAUGAGCUCUCAACAUUUGCAAGGCGACUACAACGUGGCGUGGCCUUCUGCUGAGAUUGCAGUGAUGGGUGCGUCAGGUGCAGUAGAAGUCAUUUUCAGAAAUCAUUCUGAUAAAGCAUUGAAAAGGAAAGAAUACAGAGAGAAAUUUGCCUCCCCGCUUUUUGCGGCCAAGAAAGGUUAUUUGGAGGAUAUUAUCACACCCAGUGAGACCAGGACACGGCUAAUUGAACAGUUAGAAGUUCUACAGAGCAAAAGCCUAUCACUUCCGUGGAAAAAGCAUGGAAAUAUACCUCUUUAGCUAACCCUAUUGUACUUGAACGUUUACCUUAAACUUCGGCAUUUAAGGCUACACAGAUCAAAGUGCCUGAAAGACGAACAAUGGAUGCAAGAAGUGCUUUCAAUGGUGGAUGUCGUCCCUCUUCAUGGAUUAGCAAAGUUUUAAGUCUAUACCCUAAAUAUUUACAACACUUGAAGUGCUGCUUUUCUCCAUUAGUCAAGCACAACAGCCAAGUAU